ACGCGGUGGCUGCCGAGUGGCCUCGGGGGAGCGGCGAGGUAGCCGGUGGGACCACCCGGCUAGGGCCUUCGCCGUCGAGUCACGCGGGCGGACGGAAAGCUGGCCCCGCCGGGGCGCUCUGCUGCCUCCCGCUGGGCCUUCACGCCGGUGCUCAGUGCCUGGCUGACUCGCUCAGUGCAGUAUGCGACUCAUGGUCUCAGGGUCAUUAGUUAUACCCCACAUCGGAUGCGGAGCCUACUUUAGAAAAAAACAAAAAACUUACUUCAUGUGCAUUUUGAAACUCCAACGUGGGUAAGCCAUAGUUCUUCUAAGAGUCAUUUAAAGUGCCUAAGAAAAGAUUUUCUACAAGAAUGGGCAAUUCAGAGGCUCCACAUGAGGUGACUCAGAAAUGCUUCCCUAUAAAACAACCCAGAAACCAGGCACCCCACAGAACAGUGAGCAGAAUGAGUACCUCACAGGACCAGAGUGGCCGCUCCAGUAAUAGAGAACCCCUUUUGAGGUGUUGUGAUGCACGGAGGGACUUGGAGCUUGCUAUUGGUGGAGUUCUCCGGGCUGAACAGCAAAUUAAAGAUAACUUACAAGAGGUCAAAGCCCAGAUUCACAGCUGCAUAAGCCGUCAUCUGGAAUGCCUCCGAAGCCGUGAGGUGUGGCUGUAUGAACAGGUAGAUCUCAUCUAUCAGCUUAAAGAGGAGACACUUCAGCAGCAGGCCCAACAGCUCUACUGGUUACUGGGCCAGUUCAAUUGUCUUAUUCAUCAACUGGAGUGCACCCAAAACAAAGAUCUAGCUAAUCAAGUGUCUGUGUGCCUGGAGAGACUGGGCAAUUUGACCCUCAAACCUGAAGAUUCGACUAUCCUACUGUUUGAAGCAGACACAACUGCUCUGCGCCAGGCCAUCACCACAUUUGGAUCCCUUAAGACCAUCCAAAUUCCUGAGCAUCUUAUUGCUCAUGCUAAUUCAUCAAAUAUUGGGUCUUUCCUGGAGAAAAGAGGUUAUAUCCCAUUGCCAGAACAGCAGAAGUCAGCAUCCAGCACUACCGCUGUCUCUCUCAGCGAAUGGCUCCUUGGAAGCAAACCUGCCAGUGUUCGACAGGCUCCUUACAUACCCAGCACCAACCUCCAGGACUGGCUCACCCAAAAGCAGACCUUGGAGAAUAGUCAGACUUCUGCCAGAGCCUGCAAUUUCUUCGGUAAAGUCUGGGGCAACCUAAAGGGCUUAGAAAACUGGCUCCACCAGAGUCAGCAACAAGAGGUUCCCGAAAAACCAACUUACCAGAAGUGUAACAGCCAUUCUACUACCAGUUCAUACUCUGUUGAAAUUGAAAAGAUUGGAGAUCUGGACCUUCUUGAGCAGGACGAGAUGGACCUUUCUGAUUGGCUGGUGACUCCUCAGGAAUCCCAUAAGCUGGAGAAGCCUGGGAAUGGCAGCUGUGAAACCAGUGGGAAGUUUAAGCUCCUGUUGCAGGUGUUCCAGGAGCCAUACAGUGUGAAUGAUUGGCUUGUCAAGCCCGAUUCCUGUACCAAUUGUCGGGGCAACCAGCCCAAGGGUGUGGAGAUUGAAAACCUGGGCAAUCUGAAGUGCCUGAACGACCACUUAGAGGCCAAGAAACCCUCGUCCAUUCCCAGCAUGAUUAAUGAGGAUUGGCUUGUCCAGAAUCAUCAGGACCCAUAUAAAGUGGAGGAGGUGUGCAAAGCCAAUGAGCCCUGUACGAGCUUUGCAGAGUGUGUGUGUGAUGAGAACUGUGAGAAGGAAGCUCUGUGUAAAUGGCUUCUGAAGAAAGAAGGAAAAGACAAAAAUGGUAUGCCUGUGGAACCAAAUCCUGAGUCUGAGAAGUGUAUAGAUUCCCUGAGUGUGUGGCUCUGUCCUUCCAGAAAAGAGGCAGCACAACAAGCUAAGAUGUCAAAGGCAGUGGCUCCUUCUAGAAUUGCGGAUUCCUUCCAAGUCAUAAGGAACAGCCCUUUGUCAGAGUGGCUCAUCACACCCUCAUGCAAAGAAGGUUGUCCCAAGGAAAUGCUUGGUACUGAAGACAGAGCUAGCAAGCAAAAGCCUAUGAACCCAGUGGCCACUUUCUGCCAUCCUUUUAAUACAGCUGACUGGGUCUUGCCAGGAAAGCAGAUAGGAAACCUCAGCCAAUUAUCCUCAGGAGAAGACAAGUGGCUACUUCGAAAGAAGGCCAAGGAAGUAUUACUUAAUUCACCACUACAGGAGGAAUGUAACUUUCCCCAAGACCGUUAUGGCCUCCCAGCAGUUUGUGACCUCUUUGCCUGUAUGCAGCUUAAAGUAGACAAAGAAAAGUGGUUGUAUCGAACUCCUCUACAGAUGUGAAGCAAUGGAACCCAAGUCAAGCAACUUUUCUGCAAAUUAUCCCAUAUCCAUGGGCCGAGUGACUGUGCAGCUUGCCAAAUCAUUGUGUUUCUGGGUCUGACCAGUCAGCUUAGUUCCUUUCCUGCCUAGUUGAGCUAGUGAAGAGAAAUAAGUCAUCGAAUUAUAAGUUACUGCAUAAAAGAAAAAGACUGUUGAUGCUGAGGUGAUUUCAGUUCCUUUCUACAAAAGUAUUAACUCAGCCCUACACUAGAAACAAACAGCAUCUUGGUGGAUAGGUCUUUUUCAUAAGCCUCUACAGCUCCUUAGAUUGAAUUGUUACUAGAAGUACAUUAAAACACUGUAGUUUUAAAAAUGAAAUAGUUCUGUAAUCAAAGUGUGUUGAUAUAUUUGAAAGCUAGUAAGCUUCUCUAAUCUUUUGAUUGUCCUCCUUUAGAUGCUCCCCGUGCUGUGGGUUUUCUUCCAUUGGUGGUGGAAAUAAUGAUUCUUCUGUUUAGUGUAUUUCACACAAAUAGUUAACCUUGCCAACAUAGUGAUUUUUUUUUCUUACCACAACAUGUAUUAACAAUCUUGGCAAUUUUUGACAUUGAUUAUACAAAACAUUUUAACUUACAUGUUAGAUUCUACAUUAUUUUUCUUCUUUUGAAAGAGAUUCAGCUACUGCAAAUUUGGUCUGUUAUCUAAAUGUUAUUGAAGUAGCUAAUGAGCUUUUAGAAGAGCUCCGUAUUGUUUCAAGAUUAUAUCCAGGGUAGUCCUAGCCACUUUCAUAAUAUUCUGAACACAGGUAAAAGAGCCCUCCUGCUGAGUAAUCAAUCAAAGAGCGAAAGGCAAGACAUGUUGGAAACGUAGUAUUUGAACUGUUAGCUAUCCUAAGGGUUAUUGGUGCAUCCUGUGUAAAGGGAAGCUGAGUCUGACACCUGGUGCUUUUAAUUAGGAAUAAAUGAAAUGUUCUCACUGCAAGCAUAAUGUACCUAUACCUUUGGAAGUUUCAGAAUGCAGUGACAUUUUAGUGAAUAGGCUGUUUUGAACACUUGUGCCUUGGGGUGUUUACUGAAGCUUUAUGAAAACUUUGAUGUUUUACCAGUAUCCUUAAAAGUCCCGUCCAUGCUUUAAAAAGUAUCUCUGUAGGAAAUGCGAUUUAUAAUGUUUUUAACUUCUCAAAGGUGAGAUAUCUUAGCUGCUUUCUGGGCUUUCAGACAAGUUUUAAAUUCAGCUUUCCUGUUACUUUUGAAGUUUGUGAUGUGGUCAUCUAAAAGCCCUUUUGGAGAAACUUCAGAGUCCUACAGUCCUUGCCAUACAGCUUCAUUUGACUUCUUGAACACAGCUGAAAAGAACCUAUUUUUUGGUCGUCGCUCCUCCCCCAAUACCACUUAGAACUUUAAUAAUAAAGGUGGCAGGUAAAAAUUUAAGGAGCCUUUUCCAUUAUCUUAUGUUGCAGGAAACUUUGUAGUUUUGAAGUUUAAUGAUGUGUUCCUAAUUUUAUAUUCAUCAUCAUGCUAAUAAGUAUGUAAAACAUUCUUUUGUGUUGAAGCAUUUUGUACCUCCCUUCAUUAAAAGCACAAACAGGCAUAGUUGUGUGUAUCUGUAAAA